CUCUCUUACUGCAUACCACGUCAGCUGUCAUUCUGGUAUGAGUGAACCCCGCAAACCAGAUCGCUUGCCUGUGGUACCCAGUAUUCGGGGGCAUUCGAUAUCGCUUCACAAUGUCAGUGGCCUUACAAAUCACUGAAGUUGUCUUGACUGUGAUAAUGAAAGUGCCCGACAUUAUCAGAGUCUUCAAGGAGCUUGGCAACGGGAAGGUGAAACAGGAACACGAGAAUCUUGCACAGGAACUCUGUGCCCUUCGCAAGGAACAUGAGAGGGCGUCAAAGACCAUUGACGCCCUAGUUGAGAGCCAAGAACAAUUGAACCAAACACUCCAGCUGCUGACAGAACUGCUGAUAGUGCUAAACAGCCUGUCUUCAAGGCCUUGGCCAGAUCUGCAAGAGAGCAUUCGCGACGUUUUGGGUCAAGGAGGCCUCCACCAGGACUCUGGCGUCCGUGUGAACGAGGCUCCCUCAGGGCUAACCUGUGCAGUCUGCAGGUCGACCUACAACGCGCACGAUCGUCGUCCGCUUUAUCUUCUCCAGCUGCGGCCACACCUUCUGCGAGGAAUGCCUUAG